AUGCCUACGUAUCCGUACUCCAGUUCUGAACCAGUAAAUACAGACAUAAGUCAAUCUAGUACUAGUAGUACUAGUUCGAAGAAUACUGCUAUAUCCGAACAAAAUAUUCUUGUAAAACCAUGGAUUCCUCCUUCUACAUAUGCAUUUCCAAUAUUAGACCAAAAUAAAAAAAGGAAACUUAAGUUUCAACAUCAAUGGUUUAAUAGUUAUAACUGGUUGGUUUAUUCUGAGCUGAAAAAUGGGGUAUUUUGCAAGUUUUGCUUGGUAUUUGCAACGACUGGUGGUGUUGGCCAACAAAAAUUAGGGGCUUUAACAAAUAAAGCUUUUACAAAUUGGAAAAAUGCAAAAGAAAAAUUUAAUGAACAUGCAAGCUUUGAUUACCAUAAUAUGUCAGUUACAAAAGCAGAAGGUUUUUUGAGUAUUUAUUCAAACAAAACACCAUCAAUUAUAACUGCUUUAGAUAAUGACAGAGACAAAUUAAUACCUAUCAUUGAAUGCAUUUUACUAUGUGGUUAUCAAGAAAUUCCUUUGAGAGGCAGUUUUGAUUUUGGUCCAAUAAAUUUUAAAAAUUCAACUCACAAUGAAGGUAAUUUUCGGGCCAUUUUAAAAUAUAAAGCAAAAGAUUGUGAGUUUUUAAAGUCCCAUCUUGAAUCGGAUACAAGAAGCAAAUAUUUGAGCCCUCAAAUUCAAAAUGAGAUUAUCACUAUUUGUGGAGAUAUUUUAAUUAAAAAAUUAGUUGACAAAGUUAAUGAAUCUAAAUGUUUUUCGGUCAUGGCUGAUGAAACCACAGAUGUGUCGGUGUCAGAACAGCUGACAAUAUGUGUGCGCUAUUUAAGUGUUACUGGUUCAAACAUUGAAAUCAAUGAAGAUUUCUUAAAGUUUUAUGAAAUCAGCAGUUUGACUGGAAAAGAUUUGGCGUCAUCAAUCCUAAAUGGACUAAAUUCAUGUGGGCUUGAUUGUGACUUUUUGUACGGCCAAGGAUAUGACGGUGCAGCAAAUAUGGCUGGUCAAUUUAAAGGUGCUCAAACAAUUAUACGAUCUAAACAUCCAAAAGCCUUGUAUGUCCAUUGUGCUGCGCAUUCUUUAAAUUUAGCCGUUUCGUCUGCAUUUAUUAAUAAUGGUGAUUGGGAACCAAAAGUGAAAACUUUAAAACGUCUGUGUAUGACAAGAUGGGUACAACGUUAUGACGCUAUCAAUGAUUUCAUCGAACUAUUUCCAUGUGUAACAACUGCACUUAGUAACAUAUCAGAAUGGAAUGACAGUUCAAGUACUGAUGCAAAUAUUAUGUUAAAAGCAAUAGAUUCAGAAUUUCUUGUGUCUCUUCAAGUUAUUAAAGUAUUAUUUUCAGUUGCGCUACCAUUGUGUAAGCAGCUUCAGAGAAAAAACAUUGACUUAAAAGAAAUGGUCAAUUUGGCAAGUACUAGUAUGACUGUUCUUGAAAAUCUAAGAAAAAAUGUUGAAAAUGAAUUCAAAAAAAUGUUCAAAGAAGCUCAAAGAAUGGCUGAAAUAGUGGGAAUAGAAAUAUCUACUAAACGCAUUAUAAACCGUCAAAAAAACAGGUCAAACUAUUUGUCAUCAAAUAACAGCCUUAGUCCUGAAGACUAUUUCCGCGUAUCAAUUUGUAUUCCCUUCAUUGAAUCAUUCAUAUCACAAAUUAAUGAAAGAUUCUUGGUUCACCAAAAUAUUUUUAAAGGGUUUCAAUGUUUGUUUGAUGACACUAAUUCAAAAGAUAUAAAAGACUUUGAAUCUCUAGUUUCUUUCUAUAUUCCUGAAGUUGAUACUGUCACAACUAACUGCGAGCUUCAAAUUUGGAAACAAAAACUUAAAGGGCUAGUAACAAAUAAAAAUGAAAUGCUACCUUCUAAUGCAUUGGAUGCCAUCAGGUGUUGUGACCCAAUCAUAUUCCCUAAUAUAUUUAUGUUAUUAAACAUUUUGUGCUGUCUCCCAGUUUCUACUUCAACACCAGAAAGGUCUUUUUCUAGCUUAAAAAGAAUAAAAACCUACCUCAGAAACAGUAUGAAAGAGGAUCGUCUCAAUGGUUUAGUGUUACUAAGUUAUUAUAGGAAUGUUGUUAUCACGCCAGAUGAAGUAUUAAAUGAAAUGGCAAAGAAGCCGAGAAAAAUUGACUUAGUGUUAUAA